UCCGGCAAGAGAAGUCGUGUAAAGAUGGCAAGUCAGUCUACGGGUAUCCAACAGCUGUUGAAGGCCGAGAAAACGGCAGCAGAGAAAGUAGCUGAAGCUAGAAAACGUAAAAAUAGGAGACUUAAACAAGCUAAAGAAGAGGCCCAGGCGGAAAUUGAUGCAUACAAAGCUCAAAGGGAAAAACAAUAUAAACGUUAUGAGCAAUCUGUCCUUGGAUCUCGAGGAGACAUGGAAAGUAAAAUAGACCAAAAUACAAAACAGAAAAUCCAGGAGAUCAGUAUGGGAGUGGCAAAGAACAAAGAUAGAGCUAUAAAGGAGUUCUUAGAUUUGGUGUUGUCCAUCCAGCCCCAGGUACACAAGAAUCUGGUACCAAAGGUAUAACGUGUACCAUGUCAUCACUUCAGUAGCUAGUCAAAGUUGUACAGGUUAUAUUGUGAUGGGAUAUCCUAAACAGAUAGACUGGACUUGAUCUCUCGUUGUAGAAGAACAAGAUGCUGUGCAUUAAAUAAAAGAUCAUGAAAGAGAAGAGUAUUAGAUCACCUCUGAGAACUUGUUGAAAGUUUUUUCUUUUACUGCGUACAUGGUACAGUAUUUGAAAUGAGAAGAACAUUUUGAAGGUUAUAUGUUAAAGUUCAAUCUAAAUUGACUGUUUGGUUAAUUACUGUUGUAAUAUUUUAUUUUGGAAAGAUGUAUGUAUAGACAUUGUAUAAACUGGAGCUUAAUUUGUGUAUUAUAAGGAUGCUAGAAAUUUUAGAAGUAGAAACCAAAUUUUUAAAAAUGUAAUUCAUACUGUGGUUAUAUUAAUGAUGUUGAUGGGAGAAUUAAUGAAAGUUUUGUAUUUUUCAAUAACAGGUAUACGGUAGGCAUUAGCAAAUCUUGCAAUGUGAUAUUUUGUCUCCAUUAGUAGGAUUUUAUGUAUGGUUCAAAAAAAAUAUAUCAGAAGUUUGUUAAUUAUGAAAACAGAACUAGGUGCAUGGUUAUAUUAAAGAGUGCUUUGAAUAUUCAAUGAAUAUCAUGCAUUUUUCAGCAAUAGCAUUGUACUAGAGAUGGCUAUAGAACAAAUAAGACAUACACAAAUUGUAUUCACAAAUUAACAAAAUCAUCAUAUAAAUCCAUUAUUGCAUUGUGUAACUGUGUAGAAAAAGUAGGAUAGGAUAGUUUGUAAGUUGUGGUUGAAAUUGUGACAGAAUAUAUGCCAUCCUUUGCAUUUUUUUGUCCAUUAAUACAUUGUCUUGGUCACUCUGCGGCAUUCCAAUUCCUAUUUGUUGUUCAAGGGGAGAUAACUUAAAACUCCUUAUCAUGUACAUGAUAUGUUAGUUGCAUCAUACAAGUGUCCAUCUUUUUCUUGCUAACUAUCAAUAGAAAACAGUAUCAACUGAAAUAAAGAGAUAGCUUAGAUGUUUAUCUAAAUUGUUUCAAUUCUAGACACGAGUAUAUGUGGCAUUUUUUUGUGUUGACAUCAUAGGGUAGAUCAGCUAAAAGCUCUCACAGAUCUUUAAAAUUCUUCAGAAUGAAUACAAGGAAGACCAGUGUCUCUUUAAAUUUGUUUAGAGAUACUGAAAUGAACAAACUAUAUGCAAAAGCAGUUACAUGUUGAUGAUUAUUCAUAAUUUUUCUGAUGAAUUGAAAUAGACAUUAAGAUGAACACUUCUAUUGGGUAAUACUGUUAAUAAUGUUGGGUUUAAACCAGUUGUGUGUAUAAGAGUAGUUAUCAUAAAUGAUUGGUAUCAGUGAUAUAUUGGUGUAAUUUUGUUUAUUUCAUAUUUAUUAUCCAACCAUUAAAAUCAACAUCAUACUGUGA